AUGGCAACAGAGGUGACGGGAAGAGUGAAGAGGGGAAACGGGAAACAUGCGAUGAAUCGCUGGGUUGCGGCUUUCAUGCCUUUUGUAAUGGCGGGUCUUGCUGGGUAUGCAACGUGGGUUCUGGUUGUUUUAAUAUGCAUUAAAUACCUAAUACUCUCUGAACAUCGGACAGCUGCUGGUGCCGUUACGAUUGCUCUUUACUUUUUCUUCUUUCUCCCUUUCGUCGCUGCGUACCUGAGGGUCUUAUGGACCAUAACUGUGGCUCCAGGGUUUGUGGCGAGAGGCCAAGACCCCAAUGAAGCUAUCAAAAACGAAAAGCUUGGUGUUAGUGAUAGUGACGCAGAGAUGGGGCUUGGUAGUGCGCGGAUAGAGCAUGGAAGCUUUGGAAACAGAGAUGGUGUAGUGACAGAAAACACAAUCCCAGAACUGAAUAUAACCCCUCCACCGCCGGUCGCACAACCAGGUCGGCAAGCUUCUGAGACGCCAAUUGCAAAUUCAUACACACUCACUCCACCAGUAACCCACCAAUCUCAAGCCCAAGCUAAUGAUAGACCUACGACGUCCUCUAGUACCCUUCAUGGGCAUUCAUACGAUGCCUUCGAUGCUGAGUCCCGUGCUGAACUCCCGGAACCAGAAAACUGUAUGGACUUUUAUGGAAAAGAUGUUGAAAUCGACCGAUGCGUGUACAAAAUGGACCAUUUCUGUCCUUGGGUUGGUGGCAUCGUGGCGGAGUCUUCCUACAAAUUCUUCUUUCAAGUCGUCGUGUAUGGCGCAUUCUACUGCCUGUACCUCAUAAUCUCGCUGGCAUAUUUCAUCCAUGAACAUAAAGAAAACCAUGGUGGUUCUGUAGACGCAAACUGGCUGGUUGCGCUCGGACUAUCAUGUCUAUUCGGACUUUUCUCCUGUGGGAUGGCUAUCUCGACAACACAAUUGAUAUAUCGAAAUCUCUCUACGGUCGAUUCGCUCUCACACACGGUCAAGGUGUAUCAGCUUGCAAUCCAUGACCCCAACCCCCCACCCGCACCAGGACCCGGGGGUCGCCCGCUUGUAUACCGAGUGUAUCUCCCCGAGCAUCCUAAGGAAGGGCAAGAGCCUAGAUGCUUCGCCAUCGUUAAUACAAAACAGGGAGAAAACCCAUGGAGGCUGGAUAACAUGCUUGAUAAUUUCAGAGAAGUACUAGGAUAUAGCAUUUGGGAUUGGUGGCUACCAAUAAAACAGAGUCCGUUGGUAAAGAAAAAUAAUGGUCGAACGUGGUAUAAAAUGAACGAAAAGCUCAUAGAGAGGCUUAAAAUGGAGGCCGGUAUUGAAACCGGUACUACUGAAAAUGUUUGA